CAACUCGUACGGUAACGUCCACUUUCUGCUGAAAGGGGAAGAAGCUUGUAAAGUGAAAUCUUUAAAGUACAAUGUGAAUGUGAGUGAGUGGCACGGUAUUAUACGUUUUCUUACGCUCUCACUCUAUUUUGAUAAUAAUAUGUCAAACGAGAUAUGUAUUUACCGUCGUGUGCUAAAUGGAAUAAUGGAGAUGACUAUUAGUUAAGUGUGUGUCGUUUUUUUAAUGCAAAAAAACAACAAGUGGUUAAAAUUGUGUGAUUGUGCUUAUUUUGGAUAAAAAGUGGAAUUUCUACUUGUUGGGGUUUUCCCUAAUGAAGAAACCUCUUCGCGUGGAACGAGACCGCCUCCGUGAGCGGGAACGGCAGGCGCGGGCACAGAUGUCGUCACAGGCGGCCGAACAAGAAAGUCCGGGACCGCCCGGAAGUUGCCUCUUUCAGCCACUAAUCAGAGUUAACCCGUCCGCAUCAGAUCCAGUCAAACAACAAAUUCAAAGCAAACUAGGCGACUUCCAACGCGUGAAACAUCUACUAAACCACACAGAUUGUCAAAUAAUUGGAGUGGAUGGAGUUCCACCGAGUCCGGGAGUGCCAUCUCCAUCUCCUUCUUCCAGGCAUCACAAUCCUUUCGGACAGGUGGCGGGUGCUUCCAGCAGACUACAACCACCUCCAGAUUCUCGGACAGAGUUCAAAAAGCCACACCACCAUUUACAACAUUCGAAUCAUCAGCGGGGCGGUUACAUGAAAAACGCUGAAGGCAAACCACCAUAUGGAGGCAGGGGCGCGUACCCUGGACAGCCUGUCAAACAUGGCAGUACCAGCAGUACGACGAGUCACCGCUCAAAUGGAAUACUACCAGCAAAAGGUCCGCCCAACCAACAAUCGACAAUGUCAGUGACAUCGUCUACGUCGUCGUCAUCGUCUAGGUUGCAUAGCGGUGUUAGUGAUAGACAUCAAAGGCUUUCGCAUGAGCAGAUUUGUCAAGGAGUUACGGCUGGACCGAGAGAGACCUUGCCUUCUGCUACACCGGUGGCUGCCGAUGUCGACAACAUACUCAAGGAAAUGAUUGUUCCAACGACACCUUUACCUGCUAUGGCGGCGACGCCGAGGAUAGAACUUGACAAUAAAUAUACUCAUACCAAGAUGACUGAAGCAACACCAGCACCUUCUGUAAAAAAACGUGAUCGACAACUUGGACCUCGACAAUCGACAGAUUUAAGAGAUGAUCUCAAACUAUCGGAAGAAAGUGAAGAUGAACAGAAAGAUUCGUUACCUACAUCUAAUCCAAUAGGAAGAAUGUUGUCACCUCUUGGAGCAACACCCGCUAUCCAUACAUCACGAAUGGAAAGGCCGCCCGAACCUCUAGCUCCAAUGCCUUCAUCGCCUAUUUUGACAUCGUCUAGCGAAUCAGGAACAGAUUCCGGAACCGACAGUGACUCUAGUACCGAUGAUUCCGGUGACGACAAUUUGCCUAUAUCAAGCUCAAAACCGGAGCCUGUAAUAAUUGAAACCACUACACAUACAUCUCCAAAAGCCGAAGAGGAUGUGCGCUGGAACUUAGCAUCUUUUGUUUCAUCAAAUAAUCAAAAUAUAGUCGGUGGAUCGUCUACUUCUCCUUUUCUCUCGCCUAUUAAACCAUCUCCUUUACCAAAAGUUUCAUCGGACGAUGAGCAUAAAAGGGGCACCGAGGAAUCCGACACCAGCGAUUCUACGGAGAGAGUAAUGGAAGAAGCCAAAAAAGAACUUAUCGCUUUAUCUUCAAUGUCUUUGUUAUCUAGUUUAUCCGAAUCCGACGACAACAGUAAAUCAAAUAAUGUAAAAAGACGAAAACGUACCAUACAACCAGUUACCAAAUCUCCAGUUAGUGAUAGUGAUAGUGACGACGAGAACACACGGACUAGAAAGGUUAAACCAGUUAGCCGGGCAAGUCCAAGGACGAAAUCGAUCGAUUCGCAUAGUGAUUCGGACUCUGAUGCCUCAAAAUCUUUUAUUCCUACGUUAAUAAAACCAAAAUCGCCGAUACCGGUAAUAGCUUCCGAAAAAGUUAAACCAGGUCGCGGUAGACCUAGAAAGAACCCGUUAAACGGAGAAGGUAAGGAAGUCAAAAAACGCGGUCGGCCAGCUAAAGUAAAUAAAAGCCGACGAUCUAGAAGCGGGUCUUCGGGACCGGAAGUACGAAAAGUGAAAAGAGGCCGGCCUCCCAAGCAUGUACCAAGAUCGCAGAGUUCAUCAGACGAAGAAGACCGUACCAAGUUCGAAAAACCCCCACCUCCAUCUCGCCGCAGAACUAAAUCUAAACGAGCCUCUUCUAGUGGUUCGGAAUCCGAUAGUCCCGCUCCUAGGAGAAGGAAAUCCAGUAGUUGUAGUAGUAUUAUCAGAAACGAAUCUGAGAAGGAAACGCUAAAAAAAUCGUCACGGUUCAAAGACGAUCGAAAACGAUCUAAAAAAGUUUCCGACGACGAUGAAUGGGGUAAAGAAAAUAGAGCUAUGAUUAAAAACCAUUUUAAAGAUGGUAAAACUCUUGCCGACCCUCCUAAGAAGGAAAUAUCACCUGCUAGGAGAAAAAGUCGAACCUCCAAAAAGUCAACAAGUGCCGCAUUUGUAUCUUCAGAUUCAAACAGUGAUAAUGAUGUUAAAAUGACCAAGCCCGCUGCAAAGCCAAAGUUAAAUGUACGUUCGUCUUCUGGAGAAUCUCCGAAGAGGAUAAGUGAUUCUGAUAGUGAUAAUGCAAUAUCCAAGAAAACUCCCGUUAAAAUUGACUCUACGAUAAAGGUCGAUGAAAAUAAAACGAUUUCCGAUAAAAAGAAAAGUGACACUUUGAGGAAAUUGUUUACGCCUAAGAGGGAUACCGAGGGAGGUAAAGGAGGUGGAAAAGGUGGAGGAAAGGGGGGAAAGGGAGGAAAAGGCAAAGCUGGAGUAAAUGUUAUUAUUGUCGAUGGUGAUUAUGAGAGAAGUAGUUCCUCUGUAGAAGACGAGGCAAUGCCAACAGCUGCUCCUUCUGUAGUCGAACAAGUUCCUAUUAAAGAAGUGGCCGAAACAAGUCUAAUACCAACUAGUCGCCCAGUCUCACCUGAUGAACCAACAGAACCAAGUACUCUAAUUAAGACUGAUAUACCAAUAAUUGAUAACAAGGACAAAAGUGAAAUGUGGGUUAAAAUUGAUCUUCAUAGGUUAAAUCUUAAUCAUAUUCCUAUUCUUCGCAAACAUAUAGAAGAUGUAAAGCCUUGGCUCAUAGAAUGUAAGCCAGAUGUAAGUAAAAAAGAAGAAAAGCAUAGUGAUUGUGAAGAAACGAAAGCAAAGCCACCAGUUAAAGACAAUAGUGAGAGUAAAAAGCCCCUUUUAGAUGAUCCACCUGAUCACAAGCAUAAAUCAAAAAAGAGAAAAAGAAGAAAUAGCUCAAGCUCUAGAUCUUCCCAUUCAACUGUAAGCAGUAGUUUAUCUCAUAGUAGUAAAAAGUUGGACUACCAUAAAAAAGAAAAAAAUAAAGAAAAAGAACACGUUAAACAUAAGAGGCGAAAAGAAGAAAACGAACAUGUACAAAGAUCUCACAUUGAAAAUCUCAAUUUAAUAAAUGCUCCCCCCACCAACCACGAGAGGGAAGCAACCAGGAUACCGGUCGUUUCAAAUUGUGAUCCUUCUCCCUCUACCAGCAGAUCGCUUUCCAGUAGGGAGUACCAUUCUUAUUUUGAUGUGGCAGACGAACCAUCGGAAUACGAAGAAAGGGAUCAAAACCAGUACCUGAGUGAUGCAAAAAGGUUGAAGCAUAUGGCGGACAAAGAGACUGACACAAUAAAACAGUGCAUGUUGUACCUGGAAGCUGUAUUGUUUUUCUUGUUAACUGGAAAUGCCAUGGAACAUGAAAAAGUUACAGAAAAAGCUGCCUUUACUAUGUAUAAAGAUACACUUUCAUUAAUAAAAUACAUUUCAUCUAACUUCCGAAAUCAGCAAAAUGCCUCUCCUGUACAUAAUAAACUUGCUGUAUUAAGUUACCGGUGCCAAGCUCUACUAUUUUACAAACUAUUUAAAAUGAAAAAACAGGAAUCCAAAGACCAUCAAAAAACCAUAAGUGAUUAUUGUACUAAGAAUCAAGGUGCUCUUCUUGCUCAAGAUCCUCAGAACCAUCAACAGGGUCAAGGAACCCCCUCACCUUUAUCUCCGACGCCUUCGCCUGCGGGUUCUGUAGGUUCUGUUGGCAGUCAAUCCUCGGGCUACAACAGCGGAGAAUUAGCUACAAGAGGUAAUGUGCCUGUUAACACUCACUCCCAAAACGCUGGAUUGUGGGUGCCGCUCUCAGUUUACAAUGCCAUGUCCAAACAGAACCAGCAAUUCACAUAUCUUCUCUCGUACCAAGAUCUCUGGGAUAUGGCAGACUCUCUGGUUGUCAAAGGUAAACACACAGAUUUUUUCAUAGAGUUGGACAGACAGUGUAAACCAUUAACCAUGCACAGCUCCCUUAUCGAUUUAGUGCGCUACAUUCGAGAGGGAAUCAAAAGGCUGAAGAGGGAAAGUUAGAAUUGGUUUUCGAAAAAUAAGAUGUAAGUAAAUGAAUGCCAAAGAACGCACCAAGUCAAUUGUAUUGUCAAUGGAUCGGUCAUCGUCAAGUCAUAAGGCUUAGGAGAGAAAAUACUGUUUUAUAUUUUGAAUUUAUAUAAUAUAUUUAUAUUUACAGUGAGCCUUUGAGAACCUUUGUCAAUAUCUACUCAAUUGUUGAAUCUUUUUUUAAUUUAUUUAAGAUGUUCCUUUAUUUAUUUAAGUAAUUGUUUAUUUUCUCGUUAUAUGGAUAAACCCUUAAAUUAUAGACUUUUGUUAUUGCUUUGGAGAAUAAUGAAUUUAUAUUUUAUAUAAUAAUAAAUAUAAUUAUUGAAUUAUAAUUGAUUAGAUUUUGACAGACUUAAAUUUUACUGGGACUCCUAAUAGUAUAGGAGUCCAUUGCAAAAUGUUGGGUUGAUCCUUAGUAUGGCUAAAUUUUCAUGGAGACGUAGGGUAACAUAUUAUGCAAUAGUAUUCCGUCGGCAGUAGCGCUGGUAUCGUUUGCGUUUUACGUUAUAAAAAAUUGUUGAUAAUUUAAAUAAUACCACCUUCCACCCAUUGCUUUUUUUUGGAAACUUAUAGGGUACAGCCUCUGAAUCCAUCUCAUUUUGUUUAUACCCUAUAAUAAUUUGAAAUUUUAUUAGCUGUAGUUAAGUUAAAAAUAUUUAUGAUAUAUUGCAAUGUUAUAUUGUGGUUGUUAAGUCCGGUAAAUUUUUUAUCAACAGUUGUCAGUUAUUUUGAGUCAUAUUCGGAAACUUGUCAAAUUUUAUUAGAUUUUAGGUUGUAAAACGUAGUAAAUUGCAGUUUGCUGUACGAUACACGCACGUUGCCUGAUCUCUACGUGCUCGCACUGUUAUAUGACGUGCUAGCUGGCGCUCGCAUGUAAAGAUCUAGGUAACGGGCUUAUAACGUAAACUACCCAUAUUUUCAGUGUUAAACAAUAAUAAAUUCACAUCUACAUGCCCUGUCCCUCUUGCCUAGACUGGAGGAUUUUGGGCAUCGUUUCGUACCGUAAUCAUUAAAUGCAAGAUGUUUAUAGUUGAUAUUUAUGUGUGUCAUCUCCUUAUAUAUGGCAUUUGUGGCUGAUUUGCUUGCAUCGGUAAUGGAUCUUUUAGUUUAAAGUUGUUUCUUUUGUUAGUUAUGUCUAGUAUCCCUGAAAAAGCGUUUGAAAAAACAGGGUUGUCUUUAUGAGCGAGUUGUAGUGUUUCUGUUUGGAAACACAAUUUUUACAAACAAAAAUCAUCGGUUUACUUCAAUAAAAAACAAAAUAAUCCACAACCAAUGCAAUUUUUUUAAUUUUAUUGGUUCUAUUGAAAAUUAUUUAAUUUUUAAUUUCUCAUACUUUAGAUUUACAAGGAUGUUUUAAAUAUAAUUAAAAAUAAAAACAAAAAACGAAAACAACAGUUAAUAUAAAUAUUUAUAGAAAUAGCAGACUUUUACUGAAAAUCGCGAGCGCCCAAAAUAAUGGCAGCCCAGGUUUUAAGAACGCUUUAGCGCAGUAUAUGAAACGACGUCGAUAUAGUCAUUUUCAACCCCAUCAGCCACCCUCAACAAAAACGAUGAUGGUCGGUAGCCAGGUGUAUAAAAAAGCGAUGCGUUAAGGGGGUCCAUUUUUAUAUAAUGUAAAACGCAAACGAUAUUGGCACAGCUGCUGACGGAUUACUAUUUUACAAUAUAUUAACCGACAUUUCCAUGAAAAUUUAGCAAUACUAGUCAUCGACCGAACAUUUUGCGGUGUGCUCCUAUGCUACAAAGUAGAUUAGCUAAUUGAUUUAUUUUUACUUAGAAAUAAAAGCCAUUUCAUUAAUUGGUUAAAAAAAAUGUCGAUCGAAUCGUCGACUUAUACUUAGAGGGUGCAGUACUAUAAGAAUAUUUUUACAUUAGUAAAAUUCCUCGUACAUAGUGUAUAUUUUCUUUGUAAAUAUUGUAUGCUAAAGUUAUAUAUUUACAACUUGCUAUAUUUGUACAAUGCUGAAUAAAAGAAAUUUAGGCCUAGUAAAAAGAAAUGCCUACAUCUCUAAUCCGAUUGUGGUUUGUGGAUGUAGACUAAUUAACAACAAAUAGUAAGUCAUUGUUAUUUUUGCAUAUUAUACAAGGUGGCGUUUUAAAUAGUUUUAAAAUUGAGACUUUUGAAACUUAAUAAAUAAGAAAAGAUGAUAUUUUAGGAAAUUUAGAAUUUAUUUAAAAAAUGUUUUCCAAAUAAUUUAAAAAAAUAUAAAAAUAGGAUAAAGAAUCGAAUGAGAAUAAAAUUUGUUUCAUUAACCUCAAAAUAUUUUUGUAUCACUGGUUCUCCUUUUUGAAACUAUUUAAAACAGUCGCCCUGUUUUCUAGAAAAUAAGUUUGCAUAUAUUGUAUCAUGUAUGUAUAUCAUGUAUAUUUUAUUAAUUUUAAAUUAUUUAAUUUAAAUUUUAAUUAUAGGUAUUUUUCUUAAGGCCAUUUACAAAACGAAAUUUAAUUGAGAAAAAACGAUUUUUUUAUCUUAUAUUGUUAUGACAUUAUUUAUAAUAAUUGUAUAAUGGCAAAAGAACCUUAAAAUGUUGACAUUAUUUGAAUAAAUUUAAAAUAUUGUGAUUAGAGCACUGUUUAACAAAUGAUCACUACAAAAAUGUGACAAUCACUUCUGGCAUUAUAAAACUUGUUCAGAAAUAUUAUGAAAAAAAUCAAAAUAAUUGAAAUGAUAUUGUUUUCUAAUAAAUGUUUAAAUAACUAAAAUGGAUAUCAUUGAAGGCAUUUUCCUAAGAGUUUUAAUUUCUCAUUCGAGAUUUGAGUUUCUAAUACACUGUUUCACCAAAUAGUUGUAUUGCUUCAGAAAUUUACAACGAAGGUUAAUUAAAAUUAACUUAAAGUAUGAUUUAUAGAUUAGAAUAUAUAAAUUGAAAAUUUAGAAACAAAUGUACGUAGGCACAUUUUGUUUUCUAAACAACUUAUCACAUUCUAGCUACAGAUUGUGUACUAACUGUUGAAAUAUAAGUGACAAAAUCUACAAUGUUGUAUUCUUGUCGUCUGUAUCCACAACAUUUCGGGAAUUAAAAGGAACCAAAAUUAACCUUUUUUUGGCUUUUAUGAACGUAGCUUUAAAUUAAUAAAAUUUUAAUAAAUUCUGCAUGAAAUACAAGUUUGCCAUUGCUGAUUCGGGUAUCGCUAUCUCAGAUACCGUGAAGUGUACCAGUCUUACAACCUCAUUAUUAUCACAUACAUAAUAAAUUAUUUUCGAUUAAUCGAUUAUUGUCGAUUAUUUUCAAUUGAUCGAUUAUUCUCCGUUAAUCAAUUAUUUUCAAAUAAUAGAAGAUCGAUAAUUUCGAUUGAUCGUUAAAUUGAUUAUUUUCGAAUACCCGAAUUAUUGAUUAUUAAAUUAAUUAAUAUUUCGAUAUAUUUAAUUGGUUUUUAUCUUAUAUUUGAUUAUUAUUAAUUUAUCGAUUAUUACUAAAUAUCUAAUUGAAUUACAUAUUAAUAAUAUAAUUAAACGAUCGUUUUAUAAUGUUUAAUUAUUUUCAAAUAAUCAUUAGACAAUCGACAUUACAGUAUAAAUACUGAAAAUAUUACCAAGAUUGUUAUAAAUCUUCUACUCAAUAUCACACCGAUUAAAGAUAUAAUUUCUAUUCUACCUCUAAGUGAAGAAGAAGUGAUACCUGUGGAUAAGUUGGCACGGUAAGAAGCAGCAGCUCUAUGGAAUUUAAUUGUUUGUUAUCUUAAGAGAAACUGAAUGAGGAUUAUAAUUGAGCCGAUUAUUCCUGAACUCACCCCAUUUUGUAAUUACAAAAAUAGUAUUAUAACAGAACGAGACAAAUUAAAUGGAAGAAUGGGAACUUUUGGAUUAUCAGUACAGUUUAAACAGUCUAUUUGAGAAAGGUUAUGAUUAGGCAGAUGAGGUCAGCCGAAAAAUGUUGCAUCAAAUAACUCUAAAUUUCUUGAGAAGGGAAAAUUUGCAAUUGAAGCUCAGGAAACGCGUCUUGCAAUUGGCAUACAAAUCGUCGCAAAAGACGGACGACUUUACCAACAUAAUCUGCCUCGGACGUACAAGAACUUUUUAUUGAAAAAUCUGUGGAAAUAUCAUUCAAUGAAGAAAGGAAUAAUAAAAUCUUCACUAAGGGUGAAAAUAUUACUAAUAAUCCAUAAAGUAAGAAUAAUCUAAAAUAAAGAUUUUAAACCAAUUAAAUAAUAUCGAUUAAUCUAAUAAUCAAUAAUCCGAUUAUUCGGAAAUAAUCAGUUUAACGAUUAAUAGGAAAUAAUCGAUUUUCUAUUAUUUGAAAAUAUUCGAAAACUAUUGAAUAAACGAAAAUAUUCAAUUAAUCGAGAAUAAUCGAUGAGCCUAAAAUAAUCGAAAGCAUUGAUCAUCAAAAUAAAAUAUAAAGAUCAAUUUCACAACGUCGAAACGUGUAAUUAAAGGGAUCAGGUGUUGAUGGAAAAAUGUGUUUCAAGUAACGAGUUAGUUGGUUUUUUUGCUAUAACUUAUGCCUUUAUUUUCGAUGACAUAUUUAGGCGUGGGC